AUGGGUUCCAUAGUCCUCUCUGGACGUCAACUCCAAAGACCUCUCUCCAGCUUAUGUAGAAGUUGUAGCCGUCGAUUACUCCCUAAACCAUCUCGAUCCUAUGCUACCGUCGGCUCGCAACAACCAGAUAUCUACGAUGUCGUGUGCGUGGGCGGCGGGCCCGCCGGUCUAAGCCUACUCACGGCCCUGAGAUCAAACCCGAUAACCGCCGGCCUACGAGUUGCUCUCGUCGAGGCGCAAGACCUAGACAAAGUCCGCUCCUGGACAUUACCUCCCGACCGCUUCUCCAACCGCUGCAGCUCCCUGACCCCCGCGUCGGCGCGAUUCCUCGACAGUGUCGGCGCGUGGGCGCACCUGCGGCGCGACCGCGUCCAGGCGUACCACGAGAUGCAGGUGUGGGACGGGGUGACGGACGCGCGCAUCGAGUUCGAGUGGACACCGCCCGCGGCCGGCAAGACAAUCGCCUACAUGACGGAGAACCUGAACCUGACGUCCGGCUUGCUGCGGCGCAUAGAGGAAUUGGGCGGCGUAACGGUGUUCAACGGCGCGAGGGUCGCGGGCAUAGCGCUCGGCGAGGAGACGGAGGACCUGGACCUGCGCGAGUGGCCCGUCGUGCACCUGGCGAGCGGAGAGCGGCUGGCGGCGCGGCUGCUGGUGGGGGCUGACGGGGCGAAUAGCCCCGUGCGCGCGUUUGCGGGGAUCGAGAGCAGAGGGUGGGAUUACGGGAGACAUGGCGUUGUGGCGACGUUGGAGCUUGAGGGGGAAGGCUGGGGUGGCGACGGUAUGAAGAUCGCGUACCAGAGGUUCUUGCCUACGGGUCCUGUCGCCAUGUUACCUCUCCCUGGGAACUUAUCGACUCUCGUGUGGUCUACUACUCCCGCGAACGCCGCGCUGCUAAAGAGCUUGUCGCCGAAGGACUUUGUUGCUUUGGUAAACGCGGCCUUCCGGCUGCGUCCCGUGGAUCUUGAAUACAUGCAUACGAUAAGCUCCGGGCAGGAGGAAGAGCUAUCUUGGAGGUUACAGCAUACGCAGUUUAACCGUCGGGCGGUGCCGCAGGCUGUCAUCGGCGUUCAGGAGGGCACCAUCGCGUCGUUCCCCUUGAAGAUGCGACACGCAGAUACGUAUAUUGGAGAGCGGGUAGCAUUAGUAGGAGACGCAGCCCACUCGAUACACCCGCUUGCUGGGCAGGGUCUUAACCAAGGCCAGGGGGACGUGGAGAGUCUAGCUCGGAUGAUCGAGUUCUCGGUAUCACACGGACAAGAUCUGGGGACGCGGAUGUCGCUGGAGGCUUACAACGCCGAGAGGUACGGACCUAAUCACGUUCUCUUAGGGGUUUGCGACAAGCUGCAUAAGAUCUACUCGGCGGAGAGCGGGCCGUUAGUACCCUUGAGAUCGCUGGGUUUGAACGCGAUUAAUGCUAUGGGACCUGUGAAGAGCUUCUUCAUGGAGCAGGCUGCGGGUAACGGAAUCAAGUUAUUCUAG